AUCCGCUCCCCGUGCCCGCUGUCUGUGUGUUUCAGAGAGAGUGUAACUUAUAGUUCAGCAGCAGCAGCAACACUGCCUCAGACUGAGGGUCUGCCGGCGGGUUUAUUAGCUAACAGGCUCCUCGCUGAUCUCCUCUUUACUGAUAUUGAGGCGGGUUCUCUCAGACCUGCGAACAUCUCGCUUAUCUUCAUAUUAACCUGUAGUGAUCCGGAAAUGCUGCUGAUAUCAGGAGGAAGAUGGCAGACUGUGUGCAAAGGUUAAGCUGCAGCCCUGCUCCCUGCUUUCCCCGUGCUGUUCCUAAACCAGCCGGAUCCUCCAGCGCUGCUGUAGCCCCCCAGACUCCCUCAGAGUGCUUUGAAGACAUGGUGACUCUGGUGUCCUGAUACAGUCAGCAUGGCAGUAGAGGCGUCAGUGUCCUCAACUGGUCCACCUCCAGUUCCAGGGCCUGUUCAGAGAGACUACUACUACUGGCUGCGAUCGUUCGUAGCAGGGGGUGUAGCAGGAUGCUGUGCCAAGACCACCAUUGCCCCUCUGGACAGAGUGAAAAUUCUACUUCAAGCUCACAAUCCUCAUUACAAACACUUAGGUGUUCUUGCUACACUCAAGGCGGUGCCAAAGAAGGAGGGCUUCCUCGGAUUGUACAAAGGGAAUGGAGCGAUGAUGGUCAGAAUAUUCCCAUAUGGAGCCAUUCAGUUUAUGGCCUUUGACAAUUACAAGAAAUUCCUUAGUACACAGCUUGGCAUAUCCGGGCACAUUCACCGACUUAUGGCUGGAUCUAUGGCAGGAAUGACUGCAGUCAUUUGCACGUAUCCCCUUGAUGUUAUUCGUGCUCGACUGGCAUUUCAGGUGACAGGGGAGCAUCGCUACACUGGGAUUGGAAAUGCCUUCCAGACCAUAUACUUAAAGGAGGGUGGAAUCUCUGGAUUCUACAGAGGUUUAACUCCUACCAUCAUCGGCAUGGCGCCCUAUGCAGGAUUUUCUUUCUUUACGUUUGGAACCCUGAAGAGUCUGGGUCUGGCUCACUUCCCUGAAAUGUUGGGCAAGCCAUCUCUGGACAACCCUGAUGUCCUGGUUCUGAAAACUCAUGUCAACCUGCUGUGUGGAGGAAUUGCGGGAGCCAUCGCUCAAACUAUAUCAUAUCCUCUAGAUGUGGCCCGGAGGAGAAUGCAGUUAGGAGCUGUGCUCCCUGACUCCGACAAAUGUUUAAGCCUGACGAAGACCCUUAAGUAUGUGUACAGCCAAUAUGGGGUUAAAAAUGGACUGUACCGAGGACUUUCUCUCAACUACAUCCGCUGUGUGCCAUCCCAGGCCGUUGCCUUCACCACCUAUGAGUUUAUGAAGCAGCUCCUGCACCUGAACUAGAGCAGCAGCAGCAGAAGUAGUUGGUGGACCUCAUUUCUACAGCAAGAACAAGUUCUCAUACAGCAAAUGGGGACAUCAUCACAUCACUGCUUGCCGGAUCCAGUAACCAUCUCUUGUGAUCCGUCUCCAAUUCUUUAGACUGCACAGAACGCCCCCUAUGUGGCCUGUGGCUUAGGGCAGCGCCUCAGCAGAUCAUGACGAAGUAAAGUGUUUUGGGGGGGAAUGCCCCUUAACACUCAUCUCUAGAACCUAUCAGCUUAGAAAUGAAUGCUUGCACUGAACAAUCUGCCUUAACCAAUCAGAAGAGAGGUUGUACACUCCUUCAUGUCUUGUGUGAGAAAAAGUGACACACAAUAGAUCUGUUCUUUUGGCCUCUGUGUGUGUCCAUCAUUGAUUAUAUAUGUCAGUGUGUCAAAGCUCUAAUCUGUAAUCCACUAUGAGCCUGAAUGGAAUGUUUGUGAUUUAAGUGCUUUCGUCGAUGUCCAGAUAAAAUGUCUGUCUUUAAUCCGAAAUCCUUACUCAGAAACGGUACGUGAUUUCACGGGAACCCCCCCACCCUUACCCUCAGUAGUAUUUUUACUCAUGUCUAUGCUCUUUCCUGGCUCAGAUGCCUUCUGCAAUAGCUUGUCAUCUUUUGCUGGCUUGUGGUCGACUGUACUGUUUUCACUUUGUGUCAUCACAGAUUUUUUUUUCUGUUAGAGCAUGAUGUAUUUGUUCUCACAAACAUUUUAAUUAACUGAUGUGAUGGAGAAAGUACCAGACAGAGUAGGUUCGAGUAAGAAUUAAGACUGAAUGCCUUGCCAGCUUUGUGUGUGUAUUAAUCAGUUUACAGCAUUGGUUAUGUCUUUAUUCUACUGUCAUUAAAAACAAGUUGUUGUCUAAUUGUCUUAACAACAGAAUUAACUGUUUAGAAUCAGUUAAGUAUGUGAAAAAGAGUUUGUUUUAAAGAUCUGCACUUUUAAACCUCUUUUUAUUGUUUGUGUAACAAUUUUUUUUAUCUUUCUCGCCACAUGGUGGCAGUCGUGAGGUGGAUGGAAACAGCAGGUUUAUCAGUGAAAUGCUUUACUUUUAAACCCCAUGUUACUGUCUUGUUCUUUAUGCAUUAUACACACACACUCACAUCUUUGCCAACAGUUGCUCCUGUCUGUAACAGAACACAUGUUUCUGUCUGCCGGAUGAAUAGACACAGGAAUGUUUACCCUUAGAGUAGAUUUGUCACUGUAGUGACGACUCAAACCUGGGAGCGCUUGUUCAAUCAAACAUUAAUACUGUGUUCACCACUGUAAUCUGUCUGAUAAAAUGCCAUUGGAUCAAAUCACCACAGUCAGAAGGUCACUGAAAGUUCUAUAUGCUGGGUUUUGGUGAAAAAGGGAAAUUUAUGUCUUGCUCAUGUUGUAGUUUUACUGAAAGAAAGCCUUAUUAUUUAUGUGAUCGCUGUGUAUUUUAUUUGUGUGUAAAUACAGACUGAAACUAAAUGGUAUAACUUUUUGUUAGACAGAUAUUUCAUUGUCAUUUCAAUGUAUUUUUAAUCACAAUCAGAUUCUUUUGUUUGGCCAGAGCUUACACAAAUUAAAUGUACAUUUCUAUUUCAGUUAAAUGUGGCCUUCUAUUUUGUAUGUGUACUUUUCACUCCCUAUGAGCUGCAUUUCAAAUCUGACAGCCAGCACAGCAACACAGAUCAUGUAUUUUAGACAUUUUAGACAUAAAGCUGUUUAAACACAGUUACAACAGGUUCAGUGUAUGUUUUUUUGAGCCAGAGAUGUGUGUGUUAAAUUUUCAAACUAGUUUUUACAACAGAAAUGAGAAGGUUACGGAGUUACAGUUCAACAAACUGAAAUUACCUGGAAUGCUGCACUGUGUAAGUCACAAUUCUAGGCAAACUAACUAAACUACUAACACAUACAAGCAGUUGUACUUACUUAUGAUGCUUUGCCUUUUAAAUAAAGGCACACAAAAUCUA